ACCACUGGAAGUUUUAACAUGGCUGUAAUAGUCUCCUUUCUUUUGAUUUCCAUCUUGACCGUCGCGGCCAUUACUGGACAGCUGGCCUUGUACAUGGCUGUGUUUCUUUUUGUGGCGUUUAAGAAUCUUCGUCAUUACAUCAGAGAGAGAAGAAAAGAGAAAAAAUCUAAACAAACAACACAUCACUGUGUUAGUUGCAUGGACUAUCAUAAGAUUCUGAAGAGCCAGAGCCAUUUGUGGAAUUACUACAUAACUACUAAAAGGGCUAAUAGGGACUUAAGAGAAGAAAUCAGAAAAUUAACAAAGCAAUUAAAGGACAAGGAUCUUGCUUUAGAGCAGAUAACAAAGAAGUACACCAGUUUGAAAAGGGAGGUACAUGUGAAAGAUGAAAAACUGAAAUAUGGGAAGCAACAGCGUAACCAGCUGGAAGAAGAACUCACUAAUAAAGUCACUUCUUUGGAGGAAACUUUAAACAAGAAAGAACAGGCACUUAAAACAGCGAUAGAACAUGUCAUUUCAGAUUUAGAUGAUCUCUGCACGAUACACAAUGAUUCUUUGGAACAAAGUGUUGAUGAAACUUCAAAUUUGAAUCAUGAGACAUGUCACUUGCCAAGUCCAACAGAGUCAGGUGUGUGCCUCCCUACUCCAAAAGAAGAAGAAGAAGAAAAUGACAUUACCGACCUGUCUGAUGGUAGGUUCCAUUUUGUGUCAGUAUUGAUUGAUUGUUGUCAUUAUAUCAAGAGUAAACAACAGGGACUCUUCAUUGUGGUCAUUGACAAAUCAUUGUAAGGUUUCUUUU